AAACUCGUGAGUUACCGAUGAUCACCGCGACAGACAAUGUGCUAAAAGAAUAUCGAGAGACUGCAGUGAUGUCGCAACGUACAUGCGUGUAUGUCGAAUUUUGGUGAGUUGCGAAAGGGCACCACCCCGUAUGUGGAACAGUGCGGAAAUUUGUAGAUAUAGUUAGGUUGAAGAUGCGCAUGAGUAGGUAGGGCUAGACAAGAGCUCGACGACGCAAAGGUAGUUUCUAUAAAUUGAGGAAGGAAGGAAAAAAGGGGUAGGGAAUACCGAUGGAUCAGGUGAAUCGUGGUGGUUGAAAGUGGUAGCUCAGCAGUAGACGGUAGACAGCCGGUAAUCGAGUAAUAUUGCAGUCGAUUGCAGGAAAUCUGAAAGUUAUCUCGUUAUGGAGUUACGCGAAGUGAAUCGCACUUUUGAUACUGCGGAAGAAACUACGGAACUUUUAUCGCCAUCCCAUCGCGAUAACAUCGAAAUUGAAAGUUAUUUCAUCGAAUACGCUAUUCAAAAAGAAAUGAUAAAUCGCAAUCGAUGUCCCGCUAGCCGUCGUUUACUUAGUCAAACAGCUCAUUUGGCAGAUUUUACUUUUACUAAUGGCAAUAAUCAAAAGGAUACGUCGUCCGUCGGUAUUAGUAUGAUUCAUACUUCGAACGCGAAUUGGCCUCCUUCUAGAAAGAGGGAAGAGGCAAGAGCGUUGGAAAAUCUCCGAAAAAGAGUGGAGCAAUCGAAAUUAUAUAAAGCAAAUCGAAUUUCAGAUACCUGCGGAUCGACUUCUACAUCUUCGGUUUUGAAUAAUGAUCAAAUUCAUCAGCUUGACAAUCGACCGAAGCUGUUAAAAAAGAUCCUGAGUAACAGGCCGAUGAGUAUCGCACAUGAUAGUAACGAUUUGGAGACUGACUGGCGAGAUAGCGAAUUUAUAACGGAAUGUUUAUGCUGGCACAAUGUUUAUCGACAAAGACACAAUGCUCCACCCUUAACCAUGUCGCCGCAGUUGUGUGAGUAUGCACAAACAUGGGCCAAUCAUUUAGCACACACCAACACAUUUUACUAUAGAAACGAUCGAGAAGUUGGACAAAAUCUUUAUUGUCGACCUGGUGGUGCUGUCCCUACCGAUGUAACCGGGCAAGAUGUUGCAUCGUAUUGGUAUUCAGCGGUGAAACAAUAUGACUUUUUAAAAGAACCGGAUAUUCUUCAUGCUAAUGUAAACGCAGGUCAUUUUACGCAAGUAAUUUGGGCAAGCAGUCGUUAUUUCGGGGUUGGAAAAGCACGUAGUAGAAGCGGAAAAAUCAUCGUAGUAGCCAAUUAUCAACCUGUUGGUAAUAUAUCCGGACAAUUUCAAACUAACGUGUUACCCCCUUUACCCGAAAAUGUAAAUAUCACUUUAUCAUCUCAACGACAACCAUCCAUAAAAGUCUUUCGUGACCAUUACAUUGCAUCUGAUUCGCCACCACUAGCAUCAUCCUCUGUACCGCUUUCGGAUACAGCAUCAACGGACAGUGAUCAUUCUUCCGUUAGUUCUACGCAAUAAUAUAGACGACCGAAUUGCCUUUUCUGCGUUUGCACGCGCGGAUGGGAUGGACAUUAAUCAGAUUUGAUUUCUUUCACCUUUUUCUUGUUAUUUCAUCUAACUUGACUAAAAUUUAAGAAAGAGAAAUACAUAAUACACACGCAAUGACAAACCAGAAAGAUUGAAAUAUGCUUACAAUACA